AUGGGGGAUCACGAGAAAGACCUGUCUCCGAGACAGUCAAGAACUUGCAAUCACUGCAAAGCCCGAAAAAAGCGAAAAAUCCCUUGCCAAUUCAGCAAUACCAAACGGUUGCUGAGACGAUCCACUCCUGCCCCAACACAAACAGAUGGUUCCACUGCUGCCCCAGCGGCUGUUGCCGGCAAUGACUUAUACAUUGACCGUAUCUUGGAACAUCCGGGCUUGACUGGUAUUGGUAUGAAUGACGAAUGCAUCUUCAAGUCUUCAGUCACAAGCUCCAGUCUCGCAGUCUUCUCCGAGAGCAGACUUCGUCUGAUAUCUCAACGUCUCGGGCAUAAUCAAGUUCGAGACUUGGUUGAACAGAUCUGGAAGACACUCGAAGUGAGAUUUCAUAUAUGCAAACCCAGAGCGACACCGACAGCCAUACUCCAUCAAGGGUCUGCUACGCCAAGUAUCGUCCCGUCAAAUGAAGCAGCUGCCUACAUAACGGCCUACUUCGAUUUUGUUCAUCCAUUGUACCCAUUUCUCAACCAAAAAGUUUUCGAAUCAAAAGCAUUGGCUCCCGAAGUGAGCUCUAUCCUGGCCGAGCAACCAGCGUUCUCGGCCCUGUACCAUGCAGUGCUCGCCUUGGGCUGCCAGCACGUUGGGGAUGGCUCAUUUGAUCCAGAAAAGGGAAGAGCACGGCAGAUUUUUCAGGUAUCUCUAGCAAUCAUGCCUUAUCUCUUACUGCCCCCAGAUACAGAAGGUACUCUCCAGGCAUUAUUCGGAAUAAACAUCCCUGGCAUGCAAGUAGAUGAGUUAAUCAUCGAGGCCGCCAGAAUAUCCAUGCGAAUGGGAUGUCACCGUGUCAUCAAGAAGCGAGACACAGAUCCAGUCUCAUGCUACAAAACCUUCUGGGUAAUCUACGCAUUAGAGCGCAUGCUCUGCUUUUUCUACGGGAGGAGUCCGAUCAUCCCGGAUUAUGACAUAGGAUGCCCGAUACCUGAGACGCCUGAGUCGAAUGUGGAGGGCUUCAACUUCUUCGUGACUGCUUUACGAGGUAGCAGGAUACUUUCCAAGGCGUAUCAGAUGCUGUUCUCCGUGAGCGCCACCAUGAAGUCCACAGAACAGUACUAUGCUUCAAUCGAUGAGAUCAAGAGCGACCUGAAUCGAUGGACUGGUUCCAUACCUCCAAAAUUCCGGCCUGGCAUGCCUUUCCACUCCGGAACCAGUUGGAUGACCUUCAUGUCCCUUAGAUUACACUACAUGUACCAUGCUCUUGUAAUGUCGUUGUGUCGACUGGAGCUACACAUCGGCGCGGAUGCAGAUGUUUUGCGAAUCAACGAUACAAGAAAACUUCUCAUGGACACCGCCAGGACCAUCAUCAACCUGACUACCUUUAUCGAACUGAAGCCGUACACGCCAUUAUGGGUGCUUGGCACGAUUCCCGCGUCGGCAAUGUUCAUUCUCUUUGACUUCGUCGUCCACAACCCUUCGCAUGCCGAGACAGACACGAAUCUCCGAUUGCUAGACACGGCCGCAGGUUACUACGGGAGGUUGCAGUACGCGACCGGAGGCACAUUUCCCUCGAUGGUCAUGUCUGGGUUCGCGCAUAUUGCAGCAGACUUUGUGCGCAGAAUCCGAACCGAACACGACGUGCCUAUGUCCAGACCAGGCGGGCGGCAGUUUCAAGACAUGGCAAACAUCGCAUUGCCGGUACCAACUCCUUACGAUGCACCAGCUCCGGAUGUUUCCAAUUCAACAAACAUGGUUACUGGCACCGUUUGUACUUCAGGGCCAAUAUUUACAGUGCACUCUGACAUUACGCCUGAGCCGCUUUUCUAUCCAGUGGCUGAGGGCGACCUGUUCAUGAACGAUGAUUUGCUCGCAGGUUUCAACUUCACCAACUUCUUUGAUACCACGCUUCCUGGUUUUGACGCAGGAUAA